GAAGAGGAGGAAUCGGCCAGGUCACAGGACACAGAACUGGUCCCAGGCCGGGCGCUCCCAAGGGGGACACCCCUCUGGACAUGUUGGCCCAGCUCCCUGGGCAUAUGGCACCUGUCACCCCAAUCCUGUUCUUCACUGCCCUUCUCUGCCUCGGAAGCCUGCCAAAACCCUCCAUCUGGGCUGACCCAGGCCCCCGGAUCCCCAGAUGGGGCUCAGUGACCAUCUGGUGCCUGGGACCCCCGAAGGCAUCCGAGUUCCGUCUGCAUACAGUGAGGGAUUCCAAGUGGGAGUACAUGGAGGAGUCCCCGGCCCACAGAGGUCAGGCCUACAUCUCCCUCCGGAAUCUGAACGUCCACAGGGCAGGGCAGUACCAAUGCUCGUACACCAGCGCCCACCACCGAGCACAACGCAGCGACCCCCUGACCCUGGUGCUGACCGGACUGUCUUCUGCACCCUUGCUCAAGGCCCACCCGAGCCCCGUGGUGGCAUCAGGGAGGAGCGUGUCCCUCUCCUGCAGCUCCAGCAACAUGAAGGGCACCUUCCACCUGCUGAAGGAGGGAGACGCUGAGCCUCGACACCUGGAGCCUCAAUUUUCUCAGGGGAGGUGGCAAGCGAACUUCUCCCUGGGCCCCGUGAAUGCCUCUCAUGGAGGCAACUAUACUUGCUACCUUUCUGCUUCAUCCCAGCCCUACUCAUGGUCUCUGCCCAGUGCCCCUCUGCAUCUCCAGGUCACAGAUGUGUUCGACCCUCCAUCCCUGUCAGCACAGCCAGGCCCCCUGGUGCAGUCUGGGGACAAUGUGACCCUGCGGUGCAGCUCCGAGAAGUUCAGCGUCUUUGCUCUGACCAAGGGUGACUCACCCCCGCACAGCCUUCAUGGGCAGCCGAGCCCCAACUUCCCCCUGGGCCCUGCGAACGCCUCCCAUGGGGAUCGGUACCGCUGUUUCGGGGGACACCAACUCGACGUCCUGUGGUCGAAGCCCAGUGACCCCCUGGACAUUCUGGUGGCAGGGAGAGGGAUGGGCAGCAGCCCUGAGCUCUGGGCACUGCCUGAGAGGCACGUGGCCGCAGGAGGGGAUGUGACGCUACUGUGUCGCUCGGCUGACAGCGCCGACACCUUCUACCUGGCCCAAGAGGGCUCAGCCGCCGAACCCCUGCGGUGCCUCCUGCCCCACCCAGCCGCCCCCUCUCAGGCCAACUUCACCCUCCGAGGCUUGGGCCCUGCCCAGAACAUCACCUACAGGUGCUAUACCUCCAACAGCUCCGUCCCCCACCUGCUGUCCCCACCCAGCCAUCCCCUGCAGCUCCAGGUCUCAGACACCGCCGUCACUCACACACAGUCUGAGGAUGGGGCGCAGUUGAACCCCCAGGUACCAAAUUCGCUCCAGUAUUGA